AUGUUGUCGUCUGCGGUCGAUUCGGAAAAUGUAACGCCGCGGCGAGCGCGGCGCGUGCCGGCGUGCGCCAGGGCGCAGGCGUCGGGUAGCGUGCUUCAGCGCGCGGCCGCUGACGCUCGCGGGCCGAGACUGCCGACUUGGCGUGUUUUCCCUCCGCGCUUUCCCGGUAGCGGCGUGCGCACAUCAAGCCUGCAUUGUUCUGCAAAUAGCGAGCUGAGGGCUGGGCCGCUAUUCAACCGAGAUGGGUGCCUUUCAACUGAACUGUUGCGGCUCGCUUGCCUGCCGUACGCACUACCUGUAGAUAACUUCGCUCUAUUAGCGUUUAUGUGA